AUGGCGGCUGUCUCUGCAUCACCGGCUGCGUCGCCGACCUCAACAACCACCAGCCCUCGUAGGAAACCUGUUCCCACGACAGCCUUGCCCGCCAUUGCCUCUAUCGAGCGCUUCGAAUGGAAUGAAAACGCGCCUCCUCUUCCCGGUGUCUCUCUGGCUGAAUCGCCUCGGAUCCGCCAGUCGCCUAUCUCGCCCGUGAAGGUCAACUUCCAACCCGACAACUGGGUUCAACCGUCCAACGCCAAUAUCGAAACAGAUCGUGCCCUCCCCGCGACCCCAGAUGCUCCGACUCCUCUGCCCCAUACCCCAUUACACGAACAGCCGAGGCAAGAGAUGUCUAGCUAUCAGGGCGCUCCGAGAUCGCAGUCAGCAUGGCAGGAUUCUGCGAAGCCAUUGCCGGGGCUAGAACUGCCCAGCGUGGCCAGGUUGAAGUUAGAGGCCUCUGGCCAGGACGAUCUCCCAUCCGAUUCUUCGCAAGCGAGCCACGGAAGAGUCACCAAUCGUCGAAGCCGAGAGUCCGACACCACCGUUAGCACGUCUAAGCAACCUAACUCGAACGGUUCGUCGGCGGCAACCAGCGCGAGCUCGGUGUCUGGCGUUAUCGAGGCUUCCGAUUGUCCAGACAACUCUGGCGAUGUCUCUCCUGAGAGCUCCAUCCUCGAGGAUGGCUCUGCUCGGGCGGAGCAGGUGCCCCAGCUUGCCUACCAUCAUUCUGCUUUCCUGCCACGGCCGGCUAGCAUAGCCCUAGACCAGGACCCAAGAGCUCGGUCAAACUCCAGCCUCGGUGAUACCGGUAGUGCCAUCAACCGUCACUUGACCCCCAACUCUUUCAACAGGAGAAGCUCAGUGCCACGUCCGCAGUCUUUAUAUUCGGUGUACUCGGACUUUGGGUCUCGGGGGCACUCCCCCGGUCUACAAAACCGAACACCAUCCGCAAACUCUCGAAACUCGCCUGAUAACCGACCGCAAUCCUUUGCCGAGCUAUUGAACGUUCCAUAUCCCCAACCGGCACCGGCACCCCUCAAACUCGACAACUCCCAGCUACGCAGUGCAGUUGGCAAUAAUGUUUCUCUUCUCAGCGCCCAAAAGACGUUGGAGAUGUACAGGCAGAAUGUCAAGAAGACCACUGACUUGUCUACUCAGUAUUCUUUCGCCGUUUUUCUGAUCAAUACAGCACUGGAGCAGGGUCUGAACUUUGACGAACUCGGGAAGUCUAAGAAUCUCAAACCUGGGCGAUCUUCAGAAAACCUAUCCGCAGAAGGCAACCAAUCCUCGCCAUACGAACUAGUGCGGGAAGCGCGGGCCAUCCUACAGAAAUUGUCCAACAACGGCUUCCCUUUUGCACAGUAUUACCUCGCUGACGGCUAUGCCUCGGGUAUGUUUAACAAGGGGAAAGAGGACUACCACUCGGCGUUCCCUCUGUUCGUGUUAGCUGCCAAGCAUGGCCACGCAGAGUCCGCUUAUCGCACCGCUUUGUGCUACGAGUUUGGCUGGGGUUGUCGUAAAGACCCUGCCAAGGCCGUGCAAUUCUUGCGAACGGCAGCCUCCAAGCGGCACCCUGGCGCCAUGACAAGGCUAGGAAAGGCCUGUCUGUCGGGUGAUUUGGGCGAGAAGAGGUAUAGGGAGGGUGUCAAGUGGCUGAAGCUCGCCACCGAAUCCGCAGAUGCGAUUUAUAAUGCCGCUCCGUAUCAGCUUGGAUGCUUGUACGAGACAGGCUAUGGCGACGACAUCUUCAAGGACGAGAGUUAUGCCGCUGAGCUGUUCACCCAAGCUGCCGACCUGGGCCAUCCCGAUGCCAAUUACAGGAUGGGCGAUGCCUACGAGCAUGGAAAGCUCAACUGCCCAAGAGACCCUGCUCUAAGCGUCCACUUCUACACGGGAGCCGCGGAGCGUGGCCACGCUGCUGCUAUGAUGGGACUUUGCGCCUGGUACCUGGUUGGGGCUGAUCCCAUCCUAGAAAAGGACGAAGAGGAGGCCUAUGAAUGGGCCAAGAGGUCCGCAGAGCUUGGGUAUGUAAAAGCACAAUAUGCUGUUGGCUACUUCACCGAAAUGGGCAUAGGAUGUCGAAGGGAUAUCUUGGAAGCCAACCUCUGGUACGUUAAGGCGGCCGAGGCAGGCGACGAGCGUGCCAAGCAGCGGUUAGCAGUUAUCCGUGCGGCUGUCAGCGGAGGAACGCCAAUGGAGGUCGCUCCGGCUCGGAAUGCUAAGAUCAGGAAGAGUGCGGACAAGGAUGAUAAGGAGUGUAUCGUCAUGUAA